AACAAAGACAAGACAGACACACGACACCAUCUUCGUCUCACGUUUGAUUAAAACCACGGUCUUGUGCUAGGGUAAUGCCCGUUCCUGCUUACUCUCUGGCAAGGAUGUAUUAAUCUGCGUCUACUAUCUUUUCUCCCCUCUCUCUGCAGCUUGUCUUUGAUUUGUUUGGCCCGGCAUUUGCUUGUCAUCCUUCCUUUCGGCUUAGGUUUAGUCGCCUUUUUUCUCCGGGCCUUGAUGUCCGGAUGCCGUGAACCUGCAGCAAUCCUUGCACAAAGCCCUCUUUUACAUAAGAAAGGAGAAAAAAAAGCAUGAUCGUCAAAGUCACUCGUCACAUAGCAGAGUGCCUGUAAGCUUAAUUGCGCGAUACAUCAAGCAGCUAUUUUCUGUUGCCGCGCGCCUUCUUUCCCGGAUUUCCAACGUUCUUCAAGGCCUCCAGCAUAUUUCCCAAUAGAGGCAUAUUUUGCAAGCGACACGAGAGCCAUGGAGGCCCAUUCACUUGCCUCCCUAAACCUGCUGGCGGCGAAUCCGCCGCAAUAUCCCGAAAACCCGUCAGAGACAAGACUAGAGCCUUUGGUGCUCUACAUCUCCAGAGUCCCUGGCACCAGAGAUGUUAUUCUAUCACCUUUUAAACCUCAGAUCAAGAAUGUCACAGGCGGAGAUGUCUCCAGCAGUCUCUACUAUGUUCAUCUUGAGAUCCCCAUGCUGGAUAUAACCGGCCCUCAGCCAUUGAGAGAUGAUGCGCAAGGUAGAUCCAGCGAGGACAGCUCUAUGACGAGGACGAUUGCUCGGAAGCCGGUUCCUGGAUCAAUUUCAUCCCAGACUCCCAAUAUCUCGAUACAAGGUGAUCAACAACAGCAACAGCAACCCCAGAUUACUUUCGAAAACCCGACGUUGCGUCCACCAAACGAUCUUAGUGUGCCUUUAUACUCACAAGAUGCCGAAGUUGCACCCCCUCUUCCCCCCAGACAAUACGAAUGGUCGGGCUCGGGAUUCUCAGAGAGAUCUUCCGAGCGGAAUGCUCCAGAUGGGUCACAGCAGUUGCGCCCAUCUGCCUCUAGACGCAAGCCUGUCGGGCCAAGGCAGCUGAGCGAUAUUCCUCAGAGUCGGGUCUCCAUGGACGAAACGGCACGCUCUAGAGAUCAAACCAGAGAUCGAUCAGCUACCAUGGGGCAUACUAGGCAAAGUCGCUCUCUGUCUCCAAUAAAGAACAGCGAAUAUUCUACGCCGCCAUUUACCUUGAGCCUGAUAAGGAGGGAUCCAGGUACAGGAGACCAGUGGAACGUAGGCAAAAUUUCGUCGUACGAGGUGAAUACAGAGGUUGGGGAAACGGGCCAGUCUGCCACGUAUCUCUCUGCAUCCUCAGAACAGCGAUCUCCUCAACAUCCACCAAUCGAUAUUCACAUCGAAAGCGCAGGAUAUGCCAAGUUCCGUGGAAGGCCAUCCAGCGCCAUCCCCCCUAGGAGGAGCAUGGAUGCCGACCGAUCAUUCAUGGACAUGGCACCAGGCCCACGAGCCGAUGGCAUGUUCUCCAGACAGGUUUCCAUGGCGUACUCGAGAAGUUUUGGCUCUGCGAUACGAUCCAAAUUCCACCAGAUGGAGCAGGCCGCUCGGAAGAAGGCAGUACACAAUCGAAGCGAGAGCGAAGCAUCGGCCAAUUCGUUCAGCUCCGGAGAAUACAAGUCCGGGUCGCCGACAUCUUCACGUCCUGACAAGAUGAAGCCGAGAGGAUACACCUUUACAAGCCCCUGGGGUGGCAGAUGCGAGUUUCGCACGGGCAACGGCGGCCGAAGCUUGCUGUGCCACCAUUUCUUGCAUGAGGGCGAAGUCGGAGCUUAUAACCCGUUGGUCCCCGAGGCGAGUCCGUCAAGGUCGUCCACCGUUGUCAGCGAGUUACGCUUCAACCUUCCGGGCUCUGAAUUUUUCCCUUCUGGUGAAGUCCCCAAGGGCGACGACCGCCGUCUUGGCCACUUCAGCAAGUUCAUCAAGUCGGCCAUGGAACGCUAUGAAGAUAGAGAUGAAGAUGAUGUAAUAUCACCGUUUGACGUAAACAUAGGCGGCGAGAGAGCUGGAGGAGGCAACCGCGGCAAGCGGGCCAAGCUCGGGAAGCUCAUCAUCUACCACGACGGGCUGAAGAUGCUCGAUCUGCUGGUGGCAGCCAACAUGGGGCUGUGGUGGGGGACAUGGGAAAGGAGCUUCUGAAAGCGAGUUGUGCAUAGCGUCGAUUAUGCCGUUGAGCAAUCCAUCAUGAGCGUGUAAAUGCUGGUUUCUUUUUCCCUUGUUGUUUUUUGUUUUCUAUUUUGUUGUUUUUUAUCAUAAUACCUGGUUGGCAUUAGAUAGGAGGUAAUAAUGA